CCUUCAUGUUGGCUGUUUUACCUAGCUGUGUGAUCCCGUUAGUUGGUUACUUGAUACCCUCGUCUCACAAAGAUCUCAUUUGCUCAGCUUGCCCCACGCCUGCUUUGUCUUUUACAUACUUGCCCUCACUGACAAAAGCUCUCGAAUUCGUUGCCACAACAAGCACUUUUGACAGCUUUCCAUUGUGUCUUUGAGUCUCUUUUUCCCCUACAGACUCGAUCGCACAAAGGAAGAUACUGGCUGCGAUUCAGUGAUUGUGAUUUCCUGCUUUUCCACUCACAGUCCUGAUGGCUUACGAUGCCUUUCAAAAUGGCUCGAAUCCAUUCUCCCAGCCAGAGAAUCCUAACACUAUAAAUAUUACCGAAAGUCACCCUUCCUCCUUCAGUCCUCCAUAUCCAUUCCGACCUAGCUCCGACCAGAUCAAUAUGCCAGCCCCUCCCGACUCAGCCCCUCCCCAAGGCUACUAUCCAGAUCCUUUGUGCGAGCAGACCAACUGGGCACCCCCCGCGCCGCCACCGCCGCCGCUGCCUGCUUCUCAAGACCAGGUCAAUGAGGAAGUGACACCAGCCAUGGGGAAUAGUGGUACUGGCUCGUACAUAUCGCCUGAGCUCUUAUCCCAGAUCACAGCAACUGUGAUCCAACAACUCAGGGCGGCGGGUUUCGAGAGCGGAUUGGGUAACAAUCAACAGCCUCCGCAACCUCCACCACAAUUAGGAUCUCCAUAUCCUCCUCCUGUUCCCCCUCAUCCAGCACAGGGAGAUUCGACAUCGCCUCCUCCCCCCCAAAUCAUUGCGGAAGAAAUACCACCUUCUCCCCGGCCUGCGACGGAACCUGCUGCGUACCCACCACCGCCUCCUCCUCCGGAGACUUCGGCCCACCUUGAUGCUAAAGGGAGUCCAACACCCGCACAAGAGAGACGGGAGUCGCCUGUCAGCCAGAUGAGCAACCCUAGCCAGAAGACUGAUAAUCGUCCGAACCCUCCUGUACGGGGCGAUACUUUCCCCACAACUUUGGAGAAGAUAUGGGGAAAGCUUUUUGAAGAUGGCAAACCGACUGAGAGGCUGGGUCAGUUUCUACGGGGAAUUGCAAUGCACUUGAUUGAAAACUUUCCACCGGGAAACACUCUCGUUGUCACCCCAGAAAAGCUGCAGCGGUUUUAUGCGGAUACCGAUGUGCCGUCAGACCCUUAUCCAUGGCAAGACAUAUUUGACGACCGUACUUCUUCAAUCUCGAGACUGUUCCGCGAAGUCGAAGCAGAGCAUCAUCUUGUGCAGGAUAAAUUAAACGAACGGCCGGACAUACCAGGCCUAACGCCACGCGGGUUCCAAGUCUGGGCAACGUUAAUGAUACAAACACACCCGGACAAGGAAUUCGAACGGCUGCAGAAAGCUGUGCUCCAUAUGCCAAUCAGUAACCCAGACAACCGAAAGGAAAGAUUUCCGAAAGAGAUCCCACGACGGCUGUUCCCUGAAACACCGGAUCUCCGUCUGAGAGAAAAGGUUGACGAGUAUAUCAUGAAGCACUGCGGCGUUGAUUUACCUCCCAUCACCGAUGACGAGAUCAGUAAAGUUGCCGCCUACCGCCACAAGGCGUCUGCAAGCCCCAACGUCUCUAUUGCGGAAUCCACUGCCUCCAUCAACGAACGCGAAAGAAAACCGUACUCAUCUACCUCAGCUGUGUUCGACGACGACGAUACCACCGAACCAUCUCGCCCCGCCAUCGAACGAAAGAGAAAGCCCUACACCGCGCAGCCCGGAGGCGGGAAAGUCCACGAGGGCCCAGAGACCCCCACACACCAUCAUACCGGCUCCUUUUCCUCAGCGUCCGGCAUUAGAGAAGGCCGUGUGACCACAAUCACCCGGGUCCCAGGGUCUCCUACCUUCCGCAGCGGCUCUCGAGGAGCCCGAAGCUCAACGGCGCACCGAUCUCGCAGCCAAUCGCGCGGGUUCCAUGCCGGUCAUGAAUAUAGACAUUCCGAAAGCGAUCUCGUGAAUAACAGUGGCUCCAGGACCUCGGGAAUCAAAACCAGCGGCGACUACUACUACAGCUCGCCAACCUCAACUCGCCCAAACGACCUGCUCGAUGAUAACCGCCAGUAUCGGGACCACGAGGGGGACCACCGGCCGUACGAGUCACUUCGUGGUCGUGAAAAGGAGCGCGAGAAAAUCAGAUACCAGGAGGGGGCUCCGCAGCGGUCGAGUUGGGUCGGCGAAGACGACGAGGGUUACUACCGUGGCAUGCUUGGAGGACAGGGCGGUGGCCCUGCCAAUUCAGGGUAUGACUACAAGACUUAUAGGUAA